AUGGUGUCACAUCUACGCCGCCCUAAUCCUUGCGCUCUGCACUGUUGUAUGCAGAAAGUUCCCGAUACCGUCCGGGACUCGGACGCGGGCUCCGGCCUGCUAGCAAUGAGCGCGUUGAUCUGGGUUGUGAGGCGGUUCCAUCUCCUGACCGGCGACCUCCGUCGCAUUGCCACUAGGAUGGACAAGCCCACUGUCUCGGGGUUGAAGGCGCUGCGGAACGAGAUGGUAGCCCUCAUCAAGAAGCAAGUCCCGCUCAUACGGUCGGGGAAAAUCGUUGUUGCUGCCAACGCCUCUGACGACGACGGCGAGGAAGUCCAUUCUGCAUCCGUAGUAGUAGGGGUCGCCCCGAACGUCGCUGAUGCGCGUGGCAAGUCGGGAGUUGGCGUCGACGAGGCCGAUGCGGCCGCAGGAAAGGGGGUGACCGGGACUAAGUCGGAGGAGGAGCAGGAGCAGGAGCAGGAGAUGCAGGAGCACGAGAGGCAGCACCAGGAAGAGCAGUUGGUAGAGGUGGAGGACGUGGAAAUGGCGGAGGGGUACGUUGUUGGAGGAGCGGAGGAAACGGGUGGGAGAUCGGCGGAUGUCGAGAACGACGAAGGGGAGGGGAAGGGUGCGACAGCGGAUCUCGGCAAGGUCGGCGUGGAGGCGGCUCACGGAGGUGGUGGCACGGUCGAGGUCGGUGAAGGGGAUAACGCCGCGGUCUCGAAGCAGAGGGGCGUGGAUGUGCAUACCGAUGCCACCGCGGAGAAGGCCGGGGGGGAGCGGUCUAGGAGGAAGAAGGCGGCGAGCGAUCAUCCCGGCUCCACCACGGCUGGGUGGCAGGCGCGGCUGGACGUCGUCGAUCAGCUGAGAGCGGAGAACAGGCGAUUGCGUGCAGACAAUGCACGCCUUGAACGGCAGCUCGGUGAGCAGACGGGGCGGGUCGACAGCUUUGCGGCGGCAUUAGCUGGGCUCCUCGAGAAGGUGAAGGGUUUGACCGCCCAGGUCGCCGACACCGACCGGAAAUCGGAGGAGCGCCUCAAAGAGGCCACGUUGACCAUGGUGACCACAAUCACCGAGGGCCUCAUCGACAACAUGGACAGCGCAAUUCAAUCAGCCAAGUCCUUCGCCGAGCUAGCGAGGCAGAUGCUGCUGGAUCUUGACGACCCCAAGGGACGAGCAUCGGUCGCACGCGCGACCGCGGUGAAGACAUUGACCGAGCACGUGACGGCUGAGGUGGGCGAGGCGAGGAAGGGGUUGGAGGAGUCGUUCAUCAAAUACAUCGGCGCCGCGCAGACCAACAUUGCCGCCGCCUAG